UUAUCGACAUUAAUAUUUACAUACACUCUGGUCCGUUGUUUAUAUCGUUGUCCAUAUUAUUAUUCCAUUAUUUAUCCCAAUAAAUGAACAUUGAAUGCUUCGAAGUUACAGUUUAUUAAGCAUCAAUGGGUACAUUCGUUUUUUUUUCGAGCACGGAGGAAUACUUGUGUGCAGUGUUCUAUCACCUUGCAUUCUGACAAGUAGAAAGGGUUAUGGUUGAUUACAAUCAUUAGCAAAAAAUUUACUAAUGAUUUGCACCAGGAGAAGGUCCGCCGAUGUUGGCACAUGCCGAGUGAUUUCUCUCUUCGAGGGAGAAAUUGGCAAUCAGAUUAAAGUCAGAAGACCGACGAAGAUGAUUCAUAAACAUGCCCAAUUCUUCGCAGUCAGGCCGGAGAUGUUGAAGUCUGGGUGGCUGAAAGAUAUUCCGGAGCACUUGCUGGGAUUUGAGAAGCAGCUUGGAAGGCUGGAGAUGUUCUUGUCCGCAAAAAUACCAUCUUGGAGGGCUCAUCAGUCUUGACUGAUGCUGUGGUCGAUCCCAGGAUGUUCCUCGUGCAAACCGAUGAGUCCGAGGGACCGUCCUUUGGGACGAUUUUUGGAGUUGUGGGGGCUCAGGGAAAUUCAUGUGGGGCUGUGGCUGGGGCUGGUGCUGAGUGAGGAGGGCAACUUGGCAGUCAUCACGCAGGCGUUGAAGUGCUCAGCUGCUGUUGUCCAGGUGACACCGUAUGGGAGGAUGAAGGGGGAACUCGCUGGGAAGCUGAGGAGGCACUGCAGGAUCCAACAGACCGAGUAGUCGCCCUCUCCGUCUUCGAGGCCUCCGCCAAUGUCGAGAAUAUGACUCCAGACGUUCUGGACAUCCUCUUCAGAAAGUCUGACGAUACAAACCUCUCGAAACGCCCCCAUCACAAACCCCAAGCGAUGGAGAAAACAAUGAAGAGGUCAACUGCUUCGGUCUAGAGUCCUCUCUGAAUGAUCAUGAUGUGCCAGAAUGCCUGAGAGAGUCGACUGACCCUUGUGGCGACACCGAGGACUCCCCAUUUAUAGUCCAGAUCUUUCUGAAUAAUAUCUCAGAAGAGAAAAUUCACGUGUCAGUGAGACGGCAGUCGUUCAAACUCCUGGGGGCUCUGAUAAACUGCCUCGAGGGGAAUUUCAAGGAUUUCCUGGAUGUUGAAGUAGUCACGGGGCACCUAGUGGAGGCCACCAGUGAGGCUGAUCCUCAGGUUGCUCUUCACGCCUGCAAAGUCCUCGAAAUCAUCAGUUGUAAAUUCAGUGGAUGGAGUUCAGAGGGACAGAAUGGACUCUUGACUUUUUAGAAUACCGUUUUUGGGGCUGUCCUGAGGAUUUCUCAGAGUGCAGAGACUGGAUUGAGGGAAUUCGCCUGCGACUCCUUCGGGACGAUCAGCAAUGAAGUCUUCACACAAUUGUCCAUGAGUGAAAAUUAAUUAUCUCGAGUUCGACAAGUCAAUAAUAAUGAAGACAACGCUCUUUGGGGCCUGCAGAGACCCUGAAUCAGCAGUGCGAGCUGCAGGUCUCCGAGCCCUAGGGAUGCUGAUAAACCUCCUCUCCCUUGAAGAGGACACUGGUUUCCUGGAGGACGUCACAGACAUCGUCUGCACGUCCCUCGCCGACGAGAACUUCGGGGUCAGAGUGAAAUUCGCCUGGGCCCUGGCCAGCCUCACAGACUACCUCAUCAAGCAGGUCCUCAAUGACAACGUCAAGCCCUUUCCCCUGCACCUCAUCCUCCUCAAGCUCUACAAAACCAGUGUCCAAAGCAACAAGGUCAGGUGCAAUGCCCUGAGGGCUGUGGGAAACGUUCUCUAUCUGUCCCAGGGAAUGAAUCUUCGGAGGGACGUUCAGCUCGCCUUCGACGUUCUCAUCUCAUUCACCACUUCUGGCAAUCACAUGAAGGUCCGGUGGAAUGCCUGCACUCUGGGGUUCGCCAUGAGUCAUCAUCCUGAUGAUAUUUUCCCACAGAACUGGAAGGACCAGGCCAUUCCUGCUUUGUGCGAUCUGAUCUGCCACAGUCCUAAUUUCAAGUAUUCUGAGGAGCAUGCGCUGUCCCAAUAAAAGUUGUGGGGAAAAGCAACGAAAACUAUCGACAUUUGCUCCUGACUUUCCAUCACUGAGACGAUAUGGGUUCAAGGGUUUGAAAGACUCAUUGAAGUUUUACGCAAAGCUUUGGAACGUGAAAUGUCCUUGUGGAGCAGGCAGGCAAGAGGAGAAUAAUUCGAAUUUUCAUGUACUGUUGGAGCUUGAUUGCAGGGCAAGUGCAAAAGGUGCUGGUGUUUCUUGCAAACUCUAUGAUAUGCCGACAUCUUUAAGAUUUAGUCAAGAAUAUAGGUAUGAUAAAUUUUCUGUAAUUUAUUUGAAUUUAUAUUGAUUACGAACUUCUCCAAGAUUCUCUCUUAUUAUCUGGACUCGUCGCAUAUGAUCAGAAGUACGAUCACUUCGUAGCCUAUUGUCGUCGUCGUACUGGCAAAUGGGAAUGCCAUAAUGGACUACUCAGCAAAGUGCAACCUGUCAGAGGAAAUCCAACAAUUCGACCUGAAUGCGCACUGUUUUUGAUCAAUCCAGAUGAAUUGUAGUCUUCAGUCGUAAUAAUCAAGAAAUUAUUAGGAGGAAUGAAAAAAAAAAUCACUUUUUUCUGUAUGAUUACGAAAAUGUAUUUUAGCACAUCAAGUAAUUGAAAACUAAUUUCUAUUUGAAACUGUUAUCUGUGAACAAAUUCACAUAGUUAUAGACAAACUAGAUUUAGUUAUUGAAGCAGAGGCGUGUAUGCAAUCAUUACGUGGUAUAAUUAGAGUGCAAAUGUACAGUGUACGUGUUAUACGUAAGAAUAACAUUUUUUAUAACAAUUAUUGUCCGGUAGGAUUAUUUCUAAUACGUGUACACAAUCUUCCUAAUGAAUGACAUCUAUGAUAAUUAUUCUUUUCAA